GCUGAAAAAAAAAAAUACUCACUCAAAAGUUCUUUAUAAAAUAUACCCCCUACCCCACGAUUAAGAUAGUUAUCAUGGACGUUUAGUUCCUCUCCCCGAUACAACCUCAAACCUCGUUUUCCCACGCUUGUACCCCUGUAGAAUCCUUCACCACGCCUUCCCCAGAGAUCUACGGACCUCUGAGCCCUUCGCUUAGCGACAUUACCCCACAACAGCCAGUCACCAUUCUUCCCUCGGAACCAUUGUGUUUCCCUCCAAACGACCAGCCAUGGCCCUCCACAACCCCUCACCAGAGGCUUUCGCCGCAAGUACUAGCCUCAGACUCGCUUCCACCGCUGCCCCCGACUCCCAGAUCAGUUUCGACGAUCCCGUGCUCUUUCCUCAGCGAGCGCAACCAUCCCCGCGUACUCUCCCUAAUCAGCUGCAACAGUCGCAACAACAAUCACGCACUGCUCAACCCCCGCAACCGCGAAGAGUAAGCGAGAUUGUUCACGGUCUCGGAUACACUACAACGACGUCUUCGUUCAACCAUCGGCAAGCCUCAACCUCGUAUCAGUUCACUCCAACUCAGCCCCAGGAUAAUUCUAUUCGUACGCCCGAAUCAAGACAGAUUUCUCAGCAGCAGCAACAACAGCCUAUUCUUGACCCCACCACCGCUGCUCAUUACUUCCAGACUCUGCGCCAAUCAGCACGGGCAUACAAAAUGCAGCAGGAGCAAAAUAUGAAAAAGAUUGAUCCUGAGGCCGCCUUUGAGGAGUGGUUCUCGACCGAUUAUCAAGGACUCCCAUCCGACUUCUCCCCGCUUACUGGAGUCCACGAUACCUCUUCGCCAUCCAUCGGUCCAACCGUUUCUCCUCAAGAGCUUCUCAUGAAUCCUCCUACUUCUACUGCUACAACGAAUCUCGCGUCCCCUCUGUCUCUCUUUGAUUCCCCUUCUGAGAGCUACGAUACAUCCCCACUCUUUAAUGGUGACGAUGUUUCGUCGGACGGUCAAUGGUUCUCGUUGUUUCCUGAGACGAAUCCUGAUCCUGAGGACUCUGUUGUUUCCCCCACUAUGCCCAAUAUGCCCCAACCGGACUGCUCUGGGGAUCUUCCUGGACGUUUAGAUGAAGAGGGUCCUGAUUCCCCUAGCACCUCCCCCCGCUAUCGCAGCCAAAGCGUAUCUACACAGCGACGUUCGGCAACUUCUGGCGUUCGAAAGAGGGCGCCUUUGCCGCCCAUUGUCGUUGAAGAUCCGUCUGAUACUGUCGCCAUGAAGCGUGCGCGAAACACCCUCGCUGCCCGAAAGUCGCGAGCUAAGAAAUUGGAGCGAAUGGAGGAGAUGGAGGCCCAGAUUGAGGAACUUAAGGCUGAGGUUGAGCUAUGGAAAGAUCGAGCCCUCGGCCAUCCUCGCAGGGUUUGAUUUGGCUUUUCUCGGAGGAAGUGUUUUUUCUUAUCUUAAUUCCUUUUAACUUGUAUUUUUGAUGCUGGUUUGUCUCUUGUGAAGGCGGAUGUAAUUGGAGGAAAGUGCACAUUUUCAUUCUUUUUCUAUUUCCGUAUCUUGAAGCUUCCCGCGACCAUUUGCGCUUUUAACGACACGUUACGACUUUGUUUCUUUCUCCACAUUUUAUGGGUUAUACAUUCUCUAGCCCUAAUUUAUCCUUCAAUUUUAUCUUCA